AAGUACCUUAUUCUCCAUUCACAACUUUUGAUCACACUUUUUGUAGUACAAAUUUCUAAACUUUGUACUACUAUUAUGUCAGUACUUGAAAAAUUGCCAGUAAACUGCCUACCAUUUCCUAUAAAUUUCCCUUUCACAUUUUACCUAAUUUCAUUCUACUCAACAACCAUUUCUUGUUUGUAUUGAAACCUGAGUUUCAUCUUAGGAUUUCCAUUAUUGAGCAAAAAAACAGAGAAACCCAUUUAAUGUUUUGGGGCUUUUGAUAUUUUGAAGAAUUUUUAUUGCUGAAUGCAAAUACCCACUUGUCUUUUUUUUUUUUUUGAAUAACCCAAUUAAUGAUUUAGGGUUUUUGAUAAAAUUUAAAGGAUUUUAAUGCUGAAUGCAAACACUCACUUGCCCAAUUUUUGAUUUCUUUGUACGUUUAUUAUAAGGGUUCAACUUUGCAAUCGUCACAGAAUCUGAUUGUUUUUUUGUGGCAAAAAGCAAACGCAAUCGGUGAGGAAAUGGGUAGUAAUGGUGAAUCAAUGGAGAUAGAUAGAGAAGAUUUUGAAGAACAAAAGCAAGAAGAUAUAAAAAGAGUUCAACCAUGGCAAAAACAGAUAACAAUAAGAGGAAUAAUUGCAAGUUUAAUAAUUGGGGUGAUUUAUAGUGUUGUAGUUAUGAAGCUUAAUCUUACAACUGGUCUUGUUCCUAAUCUUAAUGUUUCAGCUGCUCUUCUUGCUUUUGUUUUACUAAGAACUUGGACUACUUUGCUCCAUAAAGUUGGGAUUGUCACCACUCCUUUUACUAGACAAGAGAAUACUCUUGUUCAAACUUGUGCUGUUGCUUGCUAUAGUAUUGCUGUUGGAGGAGGUUUUGGAUCAUAUCUUUUGGGUCUUAAUAAGAAGACAUAUGAGCAAGCUGGGGUUGAUACAAAAGGAAAUGUCCCCAAUAGUUAUAAGGAGCCUGGAGUUGGUUGGAUGACUGGCUUUCUUUUUGUUAGCAGUUUUGUUGGCUUGCUGGCUUUGGUUCCACUUAGAAAGAUCAUGAUAAUUGACUACAAGCUAAGUUAUCCCAGUGGAACUGCAACAGCAGUUCUUAUUAAUGGUUUCCACACUCCUAAAGGCGACAAGAUGGCCAAGAAGCAAGUUCAAGGCUUUGUUAAGUACUUCUCCAUAAGUUUCUUAUGGGGUUUAUUCCAGUGGUUCUAUUCAGGUGGAGAUCAAUGCGGGUUUUCUCAGUUUCCAACAUUUGGGUUAAAAGCAUGGAAAAACUCAUUUUACUUUGAUUUCAGCAUGACCUAUAUUGGUGCCGGAAUGAUAUGUUCUCACCUUGUUAAUUUGUCAUUGCUUCUUGGUGCUGUUCUGUCUUGGGGAGUAAUGUGGCCACAGAUCGGCGACCAAAAAGGAAAGUGGUUCCCUUCAGCGUUGCCCGAAAGCAGCAUGAAAAGUCUAAAUGGAUACAAGGUUUUCAUUUCUAUUGCCCUAAUUCUAGGUGAUGGACUCUACAAUUUUCUCAAGAUACUGUUCAUCACCAUCCGAAACAUUCAUGGCAGCCUGAAGGAAAGAAAACAUAGCUCAAAUCCAGAUAACCAGAAGCAAGCACUUGAUGAUCUUCAAAGAAAUGAGGUCUUCAUGAGAGAAAGAAUUCCCAUUUGGCUUGCGUGUGUCGGCUACGUAUUCUUCUCUAUAAUCGCCAUCAUUGUAAUGCCUAAAAUGUUCCCCGAGUUAAAGUGGUAUUACGUCGUUAUUGCCUACAUGCUAGCACCUUCUCUCAGCUUUUGCAAUGCUUACGGAGCUGGUUUAACCGAUAUGAACAUGGCCUACAACUACGGAAAAGUUGCACUAUUUGUGCUCGCUGCUCAAGCCGGUAUGGAUUCUGGUGUCGUCGCAGGGCUUGUGGGAUGCGGUCUAAUAAAGUCAAUUGUUUCCAUCUCUUCCGAUUUGAUGCAUGAUUUUAAGACCGGCCAUCUGACUCUGACGUCUCCUCGAUCAAUGCUAGUUAGUCAAGCAAUCGGUACCGCAAUCGGUUGUGUUGUUGCUCCACUCACAUUCUUCCUCUUCUACAAGGCCUUUGAUGUUGGUAAUCCCAUUGGAGAGUAUAAAGCUCCCUAUGCACUCAUCUAUCGGAACAUGGCCAUACUAGGAGUGGAGGGCUUUUCCGCUUUACCUCAACAUUGCCUACAAUUAUGCUACGCUUUUUUUGGGUUUGCUGUCAUCGCCAACUUGGCAAGGGAUACCUCUCCACAAAAGAUCGGAAAGUGGGUCCCUCUCCCAAUGGCAAUGGCCGUGCCUUUCCUCGUAGGAGCAUACUUUGCCAUCGACAUGUGCAUCGGAAGCUUAGUGGUGUUCGUGUGGCAUAAGGUAAACAGCCGGAAAGCAAGCUUAAUGGUUCCGGCAGUUGCUUCAGGACUGAUAUGUGGUGACGGAUUCUGGAUUCUUCCAUCGUCGAUAGUUGCCUUGGCAAAGCUCAAGCCUCCUAUUUGCAUGAGCUUCAAUAAAUCUAGUUAAGCAACUAGUUUCGGGAAUAAAUCGAUUGAAGGGAAAGCAUACAGAGAUAUACAUUACAGCAAUGGAGAUUCGAGUUGGUAAAUUUUGUCGAAGAAAACGAGUAAUAACCUCAAAAGCCCAGUCAAUCUUGUUGCACAGUUAUACUAUACAACAGCAAUACAUCUCACUUUUUUGCUCAUCAAAUCCUGUAGUUAAGCAGCUACAAAGCGUAGUCUAAUAUAGGUUUAGUGCAUACUAACUUAUCGUGCAUCACUUUUUUGCCCUCUAUUCCACUUAUCUACACUCUUUACUUUUCAUUCCACUAGUACACACCAAGAAGUCCUCGUCUGUAUGUAAGUGUUGUUAUAGUUAAAUUUAGAUCUUAACAUCUUUAUAUUAUGUAAUUAAUUUUUUUUCUACAAUAUACGAAUGUAAUAGUCUUAUCAUUUGUUUGUAACACACUCUUCAUAUGUUGUGUCUUUUUCUUUAUGUAAAAUCUAUAACUUAAAAAGUAUAGAGAAAACAAGAUAUUUUGGACUUA